AUGGUGUUCAAUCACUCUCGUUCUACUUCUUCGUGUAGCGACGUUGAUUUUAGCUUUGCUUUUAAUGAUAGUAAAUUCUCCGAUAGAAUUCUACGUAUUGAGAUCGUGGAAAACCUAGUUGAUGAUGAGCAUUGUCUUGAUUCCGAUGGUGAUGAUUAUUGGAACCGCCAUUACAAGAGGCAAGGUGACGAUAUCCACCGCCAUAAUUACCAUGUCGAAGAUCUUUAUGAUGAACGAAUUUUGAAUACAAAUCAAGCCGACAUAGAUAAUUGUGUCCUUUACGAAAAUCAAGAGAAAGAGGCAACUUCAACAAACGAAGAACGUCUUUCAGGUGAUGAAUCUUCAAAUAACCAUGAUUGGAGUAGUGAUUGCUCCAUAGAUGUGAGAGUUAGAACAUUAUAUAUUAGUUCUCCUAUCUUGGCUGCUAAAAGUCCUUUCUUCUAUAAGCUUUUCUCAAAUGGGAUGAAGGAGUCAGAACAGACACAUGUUACACUAAGAAUUAAUGCCAGUGAGGAAGCAGCAGUGGUGGACCUUCUAAACUUUAUGUACACUAAUACGUUAAGCGCUUCUUCAGCAACUGCAUUGUUGGAUGUGUUAAUGGCUGCAGACAAAUUUGAAGUUGCUUCAUGCAUGAGAUACUGUAGUCAAUUAUUAAGGAACAUGCCAAUGACAUCUGAGUCUGCGUUGCUUUACCUUGAGCUCCCUUUUACUCUCUUAAUGGCCGAUGCAGUUCAACCAUUGACUCAUGCAGCAAGGCAGUAUCUUGCAUCAAGAUAUAAAGAUAUAUUAACGUUCCUAGAAGAGGUCAUGAGCUUGCCACUAGUCGGAAUAGAGGCAAUUCUAUCAAGUGAUGAUCUACAAAUAGCAUCAGAGGAUGCCCUAUACGACGUCGUUUUGAAGUGGGCUAGAAGCCAGUAUCCAGAUCCAGAAGAGAGGAAACACGUGCUUAGCACGCGCCUUGCACGCUUAAUCCGUUUCCCUUACAUGUCAUGCAGAAAGCUAAAGAAGAUCUUAUGCUGCAACGAAAUGGAGCGAGAAAUUGCGACGAAGCUUGUAUUCGAAGCACUGUUCUUCAAGGCGGAGGCUCCACAUCGGCAACGGAUUCUAGCGGAGGCAGCGUCAGCAAGCAAGGGAAGUAGUAACAUGUUCGUGGAGCGGGCAUAUAAAUACCGUCCGUUGAGGGUGUUGGAAUUCGAGGCUCCAAGGCAGCAAUGCGUGGUUUACUUGGAUCUGAAGCGAGAGGAGUGUGCGAAUUUGUUCCCAUCCGGUAGGGUUUAUUCUCAGGCUUUCCAUCUGGGUGGACAAGGGUUUUUCCUCUCGGCGCAUUGCAACUUGGACCAGCAAAGCUCCUUCCAUUGCUUUGGAUUGUUCCUUGGAAUGCAAGAAAAAGGGUCAAUAAGCUCCGUUGACUAUGAAUUUGCGGUGAGGUGUAGGCCUACGGAUGAGUUUGUAAGCAAGUAUAAAGGGAAUUAUACGUUCACUGGGGGAAAGGCAGUUGGCUAUAGGAACUUGUUUGCCAUUCCAUGGACUUCCUUCAUGGCUGACGAUUGUCUAUAUUUCAUUAAUGAUGUGCUCCAUCUUAGAGCUGAGCUCACUAUUAGGCAAAACCCUUCACUCCACUCUACUUAA